CUGUAUGCCUUAUAAAUUCGGAGUCAACUGCAUUUAGUUUGCAUUUCCGACCAACGACUUCGACAUAGCAAGAUGUUGGUCUCCAAGUUGAAAGCGUUUACUGGAUAUACGUCUAUCCAUGGUAUUGGACGAUUCGGAGAUGCUAGUUAUAUCUUGCAGAAAAUUUUCUGGACUUGUGUUUGUUUAGGAUCGUUUUCAAUGUGUGUUUUUCAGAUAUACCGCCUUAUUGGUCAGUACACAAGCGAGAGUGUAAACACACAAAUAUCAACUACUUACUCAAAGUUGGAUUUUCCAAGUAUUACAUUUUGUAAUUUAAAUCCAUUGAGUUAUAACAAAGCAAAGAAAGUCACUGCGUUUUAUCAGAUCGUCAACGAAACAGCCAAGGCUUUAAAAGUAGAUCCCUCGUUCUUCGAUAAUGCUAUACAGCCAACUACAUCUCAACACACUGAGACAUACGCACCCGGAAGUGAUCCUUUGACGACUGCAAAUCAAGUUUUACAUCUUAGAAUGGGAGAUUAUUCUGAUUCAGACAUACAUGGAUUUAAUAUACCACAGAAUGAUUUCAUCAUGAAGUGUUCUUACCAGUCAAAAAAUUGUUCUUCCGUAGAAAUACAAAAGGUACGGGACGAGUAUUAUGGAACAUGCUACAAAUUUACGCCUGCUUCAAACCCGACAAAUCUAGCAGGACCAGCGUAUGGACUCGAAUUAUUGCUAGAUGUGCACCAAAAUGAUUAUAUACCAUUCGUCACAGCAACUGCAGGAGUCAGGUUAGCUAUUCACAGUUCACAAUACAAAGCACAACUAAAAAGCGAAGGGAUUUCUGUGUCAACAAAGUUUGAGACCAAUAUAGCUUUGAGGCAAGAAAGGUUAAUUCGAUACGCAGGUUCUGAAAAACUAUGCGACUCAGAUAACACGUAUUCAAGUGUUCUGCCCUGCAUGGAACGGUGCACUGGUACAGCAGUCAGAAAAGAUUGCAAAUGCCUGAGUAGUUAUGACUUUUUAUCUUUAUCCGUUACGAACAUGUGCAAAACAACAUCAGAGAUACAGUGUAUGACGGUAACAGAAGCAUUAUCAGGAAGUGAAUUGAAUUGUAAAUGCAAAAUGCCAUGCAGGCAAAUAUCAUUCAAAAAGAAUAUUUUUAUGACUCAAUAUCCAGCUGAGAACUAUGCAGUGGUGUUAAACUCUGUUAUGGAAACAAAUGAAUCAAGAGAGGCUAUAAGUGACAGUUUGGCUUAUGUUAAGAUAUUUUUCUCUUCGUUGGUAGAAGAUGUUAUAAAAGAGGAACUUGCAUAUACAGAUGAGAAUUUUGUAAGUGAUAUUGGAGGACAACUAGGUUUAUGGGCCGGAUUCUCUGUUCUCAGUCUAGCAGAACUCUUAGAACUGGUUGUCAUCUUAUUCCAUGCUUGCUGUUCACGCAAGAAAGCAGAGAUUCGUGCCGAAUAUAAAGACAAAGAAUAAAUAACCGUUUCAGAACCUAAGGCAUUCUGGGUAAUAUUUGGCCAAAACCAACCAAUGACGUUACAUUUUUUUUAAUUUUUGGCGCGCAAGCAAUAAAAUUACCCACAAUCCCUCUGACUGUAAACCAGAUAUUUUAAUUAUGUUUUAAAAUUAUUUGUUGUGUGUUCACAAACAGAG